AUGGCACGACGAAAGCGCUCAAAAGACCAGUUAACUGAUAAGCAAAAAGCUAAAAUCGAACGGAACCGGGAGAAAUGGCAGUCUAAAGCUGCAGAGAAAGCAGCAGCAAUAUCUGUGAGGAGAGAUAACCGCGUCGCAAAGCAGCUUCGGUUACGGCGGAGGCGGCUUGAGUAUGAACGCAACAAUGGUGUUAAAGAGACAGACACAGACCUUCCGGAUUACAUCUACCGCGAAAAGACUAUUGCUCAAGCCCUCGGCCCGUUGAAGUAUAGUCCACUUCUCUACAAGGAGGUCCUUGCGACAGCGGAUACGCUUAAGAAACACCGUCGCACGCUAGAUGAGCACAACGCUCCCGCGCUACAAGCAGCCGUCCCACAAGCAGCCGUCCCGCCUCUCUCCGACGGCCAUAGCGGCAUCCAUUUAGGCGACGAACCGUGGAUGACGGGGGCACUUCCCCACAAGCCAAGCCCGCCGCUAGAAUAUAUUGAAGUUAGCUCCGAUACCAUUAUCCCUGAGCGCUUCUCAGAUGAUAGCGACUCCGCACUAGCAAGUCAGCACCCAGUGGUCGAAGAGUUUCCCCCACCUCCAACAACGCCCAUACAGUCAACACAGGACUCACUUAAGCCCCUAGCAGAGAAACACCUCCUCCCCCUUUAA